AGGGUUCUGGUUCCAGAAUGUUCUCUGCAGGUGCCUUGAUCCUAGCUCCCACCUAGACACAAGACAGCACUGAAGACAUGGGAAAGACCAUUCCCCGGUGCCUGCAGCAACUGGACCUCCGCAAAAGCGUGGUGGGCCUAGCUACAGGCGCCGGGGCCAUAUACCUGCUGUACAAGGCCAUCAGGGCUGGUAUAAAAUGUCAACCACCUCUCUGCUCCAACUCACCCAUCUGCAUCGCCCGCCUGGCCAUCGAGAGAGAGCGCCAUGGGCGGGACUCGGGUGAGAUUCGGAGACUCCUCAACUCUCUAGAGUGCAAACAGGAUGAAUAUGCCAAAAGCAUGAUCCUGCACAGCAUCACCCGCUGUGUGUACUUGCUGGAGGCUGAGGCCUCUGCUUGUACUACCGAAGACAUCUGCUUGGUGGGUGAAAUGCUGGAUGAUAAGGACAACAGUGUCAGAAUCCAAGCUCUGAAUGCACUUAAAGCUUUCUCUGGCAUCAGGAAAUUCAGGCUCAAGAUCCAGGAACAUUCCAUCAAGGUGCUGGAACUGAUCUCUACCAUCUGGGACACAGAGCUGCAUGUGGCUGGCCUCCGCCUCCUCAACAGCCUCCCCAUGCCUGACUACGUACACCCUCAGCUGCGGCGGGUGAUGCCUGCCUUGAUGGAGAUCAUGCAGUCAGACUAUAUCCUGUCACAGGUACAAGCUGUCCGUCUGCUGAGUUACCUGGCACAGAAGAACGACCUUCUCUAUGACAUUCUCAACUGUCAGUCCUCACAGCCAGGAAGUCUGCUGUUCGAGGUGCUGGUAUUUGCUGAGCGGCUGAGUGAGGGUCGGAAUGCCACCCACUACCGAGCAGUGAAAUGGCAUUACAAUGAACAGUCCCUGCACGAAGCCCUCUUUGGGGACGAGUCCAGACUGGCAGACCGACUGCUCUCCCUUGUCAUCCACCCCGAGGAGGAAGUCCAGAUCCAGGCCUGCAAAGUCAUAGUCAGCUUGCAAUGUCCGCAGGACUUGGGGUGCCGACCCUCAGCCUGCCGUCCCAGCCAUUCCUACUUUAAAAACGGGGAGUAGCGUUAAGGAGAACCAAUAAAUGCGUAAGGGAGGGAA